AUUCACAUCCUGUGUAAUCAUAAAUACUGCUCUAAGAAAGGGACAGGAAGUCUCAGAGGCUGAGGAGCAGAGCACCAAGAUCGUUCUGGCAGGAACAGCCAGUGGGAGGUUCCAGCUGAGCGCUCCCCAGAGGUGAGCUGACCCCCAGCCACAGCACACAGGACCAGGCUGCUGCGAGAACAGCAUCAUCAGCAUCAUGCUGUUGCAAUCCCAAACCACGGGAGUUUUUGACAGCUUUACACCAAAGGGCAUCACUAUUCCUCAAAGAGAGAAACCUGGACACAUGUACCAAAACGAAGAUUACCUGCAGAACGGGCUGCCAACAGAAACCACCGUUCUUGGGUUUGGCAUUACUGGAUCCCUCUCAAUUAUCUCUGGAAAACAAUCAACUAAGCCCUUUGACCUGAGCAGCUUGACCUCAAAUGCAGUGAGUUCUGUUACUGCAGGGGCAGGCCUCUUCCUCCUUGCUGACAGCAUGGUAGCCCUGAGGACUGCCUCUCAACAUUGUGGCUCAGAAAUGGAUUAUCUAUCGUCAUUGCCUUAUUCGGAAUACUAUUAUCCAAUAUAUGAAAUCAAAGAUUGUCUCCUGACCAAUGUCAGUUUAACAGGUGUCCUAGUGGUGAUGCUCGUCUUCACUGUGCUGGAGCUCUUAUUAGCUGCAUACAGUUCUGUCUUUUGGUGGAAACAGCUCUACUCCAACAACCCUGGGAGUUCAUUUUCCUUGACCCAGUCACAAGAUCAUAUUCAACAGGUCAAAAAGAGUUCUUCACGGUCUUGGAUAUAAGUAACUCUUGGCCUCAGAGGAAGGAAAAGCAACCCAACACUCAUGGUCAAGUGUGAUUAGACUUUCCUGAAAUCUCUGCCAUUUUAGAUACUGUAAAAUAAACUUAAAAAAAAAAAACAACUUUUGUUUGUAUUUGUUUACUAUGAGUCGUCAUUUAAUUGCUCUUGAAAAUAAUUUCCUCAAAGCCCAAGUCAGUAAAAUAUUAUCAGCCAGCCUUCCAAAAUGGUCAUAAACUUUAUAAACUGCUUUGGGUAAACUGAGCAGAAGGUGAUACACAGAAGGGAAAAUGUGCACUCAUGCUAGUGUGAAUUUGGUAAGUCGUGUGACUCUGCAGGCUGUUUCUGUAUCAUUUUCACACUCACAUUGCUUAAAUAUUACAUAUUAGGGAUUGUAAGAAAACUUUAAUUAAAAAUUAAAGACUAUAUAUAAUUAAACUACUCUGCCCUGGACACUCUCUGAGAAACAGAUCUACUGGGCCCUUUUUCAUGAACCAUUAGGUGGAAGGCAGCAAAGAGAUCUUCUCAAGUGCUCAGGAUUACCUCUGAACACACAGCAAGCAUGUCCCUGCCUCCCAUGAAUCUUACCAUGUAAACCCAAAUCUCUGCAAUCCUGUGGCACCAACCAGUGGUGCUCAUUCUAUUGUUUAAAAACGGCCUUCUUGGCUGGGCGCGGUGGCUCACGCCUGUAAUCCCAGCACUUUGGGAGGCCGAGGUGGGUGGAUCACCCGAGGUCAGGAGUUUGAGACCAGCCUGGUCAACAUGGUGAAACCCUGUCUCUACUAAAAAUACAAAAAAUUAGCCAGGCAUGGUGGUGCGCACCUGUAGUUCCAGCUACUUGGGAGGCUGAGGCAGGAGAAUCACUUGAACCCGGGAGGGGGAGGUUGCAGUGAGCGGAGACUGCACCAUUGCACUCCAGCCUGGCCUACAAGAACAAAACUCCAUCUCAAAAUAAAUAAAAUAAAUAAAAAUAAAAAUAGACUAUAUAUAGUCUUUGAAUUCAUUUAUUUUAAAUAAAUGAAUAAAAUAAAAUAAAAAAGAAUAUUUAGUCGUUGGCACAUAAACUAUGUUCUCUUCUGUCAUUUCAGGGUAGGAGUCAAUGAAGACAUCUUAGUCUUAACAAGUUACAGAUAAUCUCUGACUGGCAUGUUUUCUGCUUCUAGCUUGGAGCCAAAUGUUGCUCACGCUGAAAAGAAUAAUGUCUAUUUGGGUAUUAGCUCUAUUUUGAUCUAUAGCACAGUUUUGUAAUUCAGAUCAUCAUCCCUGCACUUUGUACCACAUGGGCAUAUUCUUUCUUCCCAGUCAUUGCUGCAAUUAUCUUGUCUGUUCUUUGUGUAAUAUGUUCUGUGUGAGCCUCUGCAUGAAACUCAAUUUCUUGGGCAAUUAUGGAAAUUCCAGUGUGGCUGCAGUUUAACUUUGCACUCUCUAUGCAUAUGAGGUUUCCUAAAUAAAUGAAGAGUAGCAUAGUUUAAAAUAUAUAUAUCUUACAACUUUCUACAACAAAGAAUUAUUGAGUCCAAAUGCCAUCAGUGCUAAUUUUGAGAUACCCUGCUCUCCAUGGUCGCUACAAACCAGGAAAUACUCAAGUUAUUAUGUGUAUACAUUGGUUUUAGUUUUAUGAAACAAUUUACCUUCAUGAUCUCAUAGUUAAAAUUGUAACAAAUUUAGAAAUUCAAAGGAUCAAUAUGGGAAGCAAAAUUUCUAAAGGCAGUUUCUGUUGUUUUAAUUAGUAUUUGUGUAGUUCAAACCAGGAAGGAUUUGACUAUCAUUAGUUUUGCUUAACUUUAUGAAGCUAAAAUAUUCUCUAUUAUAAAGGGGCAACUCCAUCUGGUCCCAUAGCAUCUUUACUACUGAUUUUUUUUUAUUUAAUUUGAAAAUGCAAAGAAUUGUUAAAUGUUUUUAAAUGUUCUCACUACAAAAAAAGAAAAGAGAUAAUUAUGUGAAGUGAUGGAUAUGUUAAUUAGCUGGAUUGUGGUAAUCAUUUUGGAAUGUAUAUGUAUAUCAAAACAUGUAGUACACCCUAAAUAUAUAUAAUUUUUAUUUGUCAAAUAUACCUCAAUAAAGAUGGAAAAAAAUCGAAAUUCAAA